AUGGCGACAACAGAUCUUCAGCGCUCAGUAACCGACGAGAAGCAUGAAGAAUUGCAGCGCGAAUAUCUUGAGCAAGAUGAAGGUGCAGAAACGAUCGAAAACAAGAAAAAGGAGGAUGCGCUGCGUCGCAAACUGGAUUGCUUUGUUGCGCCAGUCAUGAUGAUGCUGAUGCUCAUCAGCUAUCUGGAUCGUGGGAACAUUGGAUUUGCUGCGACGCAGGGUAUGACGACCGAUAUUGGGCUGAAGGGAAGCGAACUGAACACUGCUGUAUCAGUGUUUUACAUCUUCUACAUUCUCGCUGAAUUUCCGACAUCCCUCCUCGUUAAGCGCCUACAAUUCAACCGAGUCAUUCCCACGAUCACCUUCUGUUGGGGUAUUACAUGUCUUUGCACAGGCUUUGUGCAAAACUUCGCCGGCCUAGUCACCACGCGCAUCUUCCUAGGCUUUUUCGAAGGAUGCUUGUUUCCAGCAAUGACGCUGUUUCUAUGCAACUGGUACACGAGAGAGGAGCUGGGUAUUAGAAUUGCGUAUCUUUUCAUAGCAUCAGCACUCUCAGGAGCUUUUGGUGGUCUUAUCGCAUUUGGUAUCCUCUACAUGAACGGAGUCGCUGGGUGGUCGGGAUGGAGGUGGCUAUAUGUCAUCGAGGGCAUCAUUACAGUAAUAUGGGCAUUUUGUUGCAUCUUCCUUGUACCAAAAUCAUUCGAGACCGCGUAUUUCCUCAACGACGAAGAGAAGACACUCAUGCGCCAGCGCGCACAUCGGACACAAGCAUACUCCGACUCUGAGGGCUCUGGUCAUUACGGAAAGGCUGAUAUUAAAGAGGCGGCGAAGGACAUCAAGAGCUGGGUCCAUGGUCUCAUCCAGAUCGCAGUCGUGACGAUUCUGUAUGGAUUUGGUACAUUCUUGCCCAUCAUCAUCAGGAAUGGGUUCAAUUUUUCUACAAAACAGGCGCAAUAUCUCGUCAUUCCUGUCAACGUCUGGGGAGCGAUCGUAUAUGCGAUCGGCGCAUAUCUGUCAGAUCGCUAUCAAACUCGGUUCUUACCACUGAUCCUGAUGGCACCUAUUGGCAUUACCGGGUACGCCAUUCUACUAUCUCCUGUCAGCCCGUACGUACAAUACUUCGCUACUUAUCUUAUUGCGACUGCUUGUUUUCUCUGCACUGGCGGGAACAUCACCUGGUUAUCCGCAAACUGCGCACCCGAUGGCAAACGUGCCGCGUCUUUGGGAAUUCUACUAACCCUCACCAAUAUCGGCGGCGUGGUAUCUGGUCAGAUUUACCAAAGCAACGCAGCGCCCAAGUAUACUUUGGGCCAUGCGUGGAGUUUGGGCUGUUUGGCUUUUGCGUGGUGCGGAUGGUGGAUUAUCAGGUCGAUCUACAAAAGGAGAGAGAAGAGAAAGGAUGCUAAACUUGCACGAGGGUAUAGUAUGCCUGCUGGAAAGCAAUACACAGAUCGAGAACCAGACUUUAGGUAUCAGAUCUAG